AUGGCGAAAAUGCAGGCUCUCGUCACCCAAGAGGACCACAAGGUCGCCGUUCAGGAGAUCGACAUCCCGAAGGCGGCAGAGGGGGAGAUCCUCGUCAAGAUCUCCGCCUGUGCUCAGAACCCCACAGAUUGGAAGGCGGCCAGCGGUGCCCCUCCAGGCCGUACUGUGGGCUGCGACUUUGCCGGCGCCGUCGCUGACGCCAACGGAUCAUCGUGGCGGGAGGGCCAGCGCGUCGCCGGCUUCGUCCACGGCACAUCCACCAACGGCAUCCCGCCAAACCCGAUCCGCGGCGUCUUUGCCGAGUACUGCGUCGUCGAGAAGAGUCUCGUCUUCGCGAUCCCGGACGACGUCACGGACCAGCAGGCGGCCGUCAUCCCGCUGGCCUUCGCAACGGCCGUGCAGGCCAUGACCCAGCGUCUGCAGCUGCCCGAGCCCUCGAAGCCCGCCAAGACCGCCUUCCCCUUUCUUGUGAACGGUGGCACCACCUCGGUGGGCAAGUACGGCAUCCAGCUCGGCAAGCUUGCUGGCCUCUUCGUGGUGGCCACGGGCUCCAAGAGGAACCACGAGCUGCUGAAGUCCCUCGGCGCGGACGCCGUGGUCGACUACAGCGACGCAGACUGGCCUGAGCAAGUGCGCAAAGUGACCCACGACGGGCUGGAGCACGCGUUCGACUGCAUUUCUGAGAAAGGCACGCAGGAGGCCAUUGCGAAGGCGAUGUCUCCCACCAAGGGCGGCCACAUCGUCGGCCUGCUCCCGCACAAGCUGGAGCACCCGAAGGUCAGGUAUGAGAGCACCAUCGUCUACACAGUCUUCGAGCGGCCUCUGAAGUAUGGAGCCUUCGACAAUUGCGGAGACGGGCCGACGCCGGGAGACAAGGCUGUUUGGGAGAAGUACCUUAGCCUGCUGCCCGAUCUGCUCAGCAGCGGCAAGAUCAAGCCCAAUCGGAUUCGCGAGAUGGGUGGCUUGAACGAUAUCGUCACCGGAUUCAAGGAGCAGCAGGAGGGAAGGGUCAGCGCUGAGAAGCUUGUGUACAAGAUCGCAUAG